AUGUAUUCCCACAUGUUGGAGGACCCUGAUGUUGAUUCCGUUGGCUUUUUAUCUCCUCAACAAGAUGAAGGUUGGACACAAUCACAAUAUAUGAGCGGUCCUUCGCUUGUGGCCACUUCAAAUGCGGUCGAUACUAACACGAGAGUUCAUGAAGAUAAUGCAAGUGUUGAAUCUGAGAAUGAUGAUGAAGAGGAGGGCUUACAAAUUAAUAGCAGGACCUUGAUAGAUCGUGAUGAAAGGGACAACUAUCACAUUGACGGGUGUUAUGCUAAUAAUGAGUAUGUUGUCUUAGAGGAUCCGCCGCCUGAUGAACUUCAAGGAGAAGAAUGGAUCGAUAACUCCGUGAUGGAAAGUGUUCCUAUUGGCACUAAUAGCGGUCAUGAUAUACAGGGCAAGGACUUCUCAUUCGUGAAGGGAGAUCUAUAUGAGAGCAAGGAGAAAUUGAUCCAUGCGCUUCGCUCGUAUGCCAUUGCAAAAAAUGUUAAGUUUAGGCCAACAAAAAAUAACACAACAAGCUAUAAUGCGGUUUGUUUUUAUCGCAAAGAUGGUGAAGAUGAAGAUCUUGAUGGACACUACGACGGGAAUGCGAAUUGUCCUUGGAAGCUUAAUUCACAUUCGGGUGUAAGAGUAGGUGGGCAUUUCAAAAUCACGGCGUACAACGGAGUCCACACAUGUAGCAAUCCUCGAUUAGAGAUGAAUAACAAGCAUGUGUCCUCUUCUUUUAUAUAUCGAUUGAUUUUACUGCAUCUGAGGGAGGAUCUUGAUCUACGGCCAAAAGAUAUUCGUCUUUUAGUGCAUAAAGCGAUCAACUUGGAUGUAUCAUACAAUAAGUGUUGGAAUGCUCGGAGGAAGGCGAUGAUAAAAAUAUUUGGGGAUUGGGACAAAUCUUAUGAGAUCUUACCGCAUUAUCUUGAAGCACUCAAAAGAGAAAAUCCUUGGACUGUAUAUGAAGUUUCAUCAGACCCUCUUGAUGGCGAAGAACGACGAUUUACGGGUGUAUUUUGGGCAUUUGGGCCUUGUAUUGAGGGUUUCCAAUAUUGCCGUCCUCUUCUUAGCAUUGAUGGCACCCACUUAUACGGCAAGUACAAAGGUGUUUUGCUUGUUGCCACCGGAGUUGACGCGGAUGGCAGUUUGUUUCCUUUGGCGUUUGUAGUGGUUGCUAUUAAAAACACAGAGAAUUGGGCGUGGUUUUUUGCAUGCAUUCGGUAUCACAUCCCUAGUGUGGGGGCGCGGUCGAUUACAUUCAUAUCUGAUAGGAUGAAAGGAAUUCCAAGAGCACUCCAACGUCAUUUCCCGUCACCACAUGCACAUCGUUAUUGCUUGCGACAUAUUAGGGACAACUUCAAGAAGAAAUAUGAAAAUGGUCAGGUUCAAGAUCUUCUUUGGCAAGCCGGCUGUGCAACAGAAAAAUUAGUUUAUGACCAAAUACGAGAGAGGAUUAAGUUUAUCUCCCGAGCUGCACAUGAUUGGAUCGAAACUAGUUUGGGACCACACAAUGUUGAUAAGUGGGCUUUAUGUGAAGAUAACGGGAGACGGUUCUGUAUGAUGACUACGAACGCUUCAGAGAGUUUCAAUGGCGUGCUCAGGGGAGCACGCGGUAUGCCAAUACAGUCACUAGUUGCUAAAACAUUCUACAGACUUAAUAACUUCUUUCUUCGACGUCGCGAACUUGGUGAAAAUAUCCGCUCAGAGCUCACACCGAAAAAUGAUAAAAUGUUAGCGGCUCAGAUUGUGCAAGCUCGAUCCUUUCAUGUCGUAAGCUACAGUUUUAAUGAAUGGGAGGUCAUUGAGGGAAUAUCACAUAGAGAAAAUCGCUCUUACAAAGUUAACAUGUUAGUGGAUCACUCGUGUACGUGCACUUGCAAUGUACCGCAAUUACAAUGGAUUCCUUAUUCACAUGUUGUCGCAGCUUGUUCUGAUCUACAAGGUGGUGCGAGGAUUUCACAUUAUGAGUUCGUCGCGGAUUGGUACUCUACUUACAACUAUCGAUAA